AUUCCCAGGCACUUAUUGAUGACGCAAAAUUUACACGCCUGGCUUUUGUGUGUUUAGUGUUUGUGAAACAUUAAGCACAUUUACAGUUUAUCAGUCUGAUUUGAACUACAAACACAAUGAGUAAAAAGGGUAAUGUAUCAUGGGUGAAGCCAGCCGAACCAUCUUUUUUGAAGAAAUUUAAGAAUGAUGUUGGUUAUAAAGAAGGGCCGACAGUGGACACUAAGAAGCAGCAGAUGCCGCAGUGUGAUGAUGGUGACAGUGCUGACAGUGAUCGGGAGGACGAGAUGCCGCAGGUCGUGGUCUUGAAGAAGGGAGAUCUGAGUGCUGAAGAGGUUCUGAAAGUCAAAAAAGAUACAAAGGACACAGACUCAGACACAGAUGAACAGCCUCCAUCUGACGGAAAGAUCGUCUUUAAGAAGCCUGUCAAACGCUCCUCUGAUAAAUUCAAAGGCAUUACGGCCAGCUCUAGCAAGAAGAAGAAAAGCGAGGAUGGCGACAAGAAAGAGUCAAAAGCUGGUGUGAAGGUGAAGAACAACAGUCUGCUGUCCUUUGGUGAUGAUGAUGAUGAUGAAGACUAGUUUGACAUGGAUUCAAGCAUUUCUUCUGGUCAGAUUGUGUCUCAGACUGCUCCUUGAAAUGACCAAUCUGCUCUUUUAAAAAUAUAUUUCUGUGUGUGUAGAUGGUGAUAGAUGUAUAUAGAUGUUUGUGAGAGUGAUCAAGUCCAUGCAGCUUAUUUGUUAAAUCAUUUUGUUAAACAUUUGAGUCAUUAUGAGCCUCUGAAGGAUCAUCAAUAGCAGGAAGGAACUAUAUACAUAACAUCAGAAUCAUUAAUAAUGACAGUUUU